CCGCGAUGAGCCACUGAGAGCCGCGAAAAAAACACAAAUAAUCGGCCGAGCAUCAUGACGGCGCCGCGCUAGAGCCCCGCAUCCUCAGCAUCAGCAGCAGCAGCAUCAUCAUCUCAGGUGCGCAGGAUGGAGUUCAAAGAGCUGGUGGACGCCGCCGAGAAAUGGUGCACCGGGAACCCGUUCGACCUGAUUUUCGCCGAGGAUGUGGACGAGAGGCGGCUGGACUUCUACGCCGAGCCCGGGAUCUCGUUCUACGUGCUCUGCCCGGACAAUCUCACCGGAGGAACCGACAAUUUUCAUGUGUGGAGUGAGAGCGAGGACUGUCUGCCGUUCCUGCAGCUGGCGCAGGACUACAUCUCCUCCUGCGGGAAGAAAACACUGCUGGAGGUGCUGGAUAAAGUCUUCAGAUCCUUCAGGCCUCUCCUGGGUCUUCCAGAUAUCGACGAUGACACGUUCGAUCAGUAUCAUGCAGAUGUAGAGGAGGAACCAGAGCCAGACCACCAGCAGAUGGGUGUGAGCCAGCAAUAAUGCCCAGCAGAGAGGCUCCGCGCUGGGCCUCAGUCUCUGCAUCAAGCCCUGCUUCUCUAACCCCAUAAACCUGCCUCUUCUUCCUUAACACACAUACACACACACAUAUACACACACACACACUGGAUCCCUUUUG